GUAACAGUUGUGAGCUGUGAGGCAAAACAAAAUUCAAAAAAAAAAAAAAAAGAAUUCGGAAAAUUAACAAAAAAAGUGUUAACAUUUCCAUAGUCCCAUCAAAUGAAAUGACAAAAAUGUAACUGUCAUUUCAAGAAAAAGUUUGAAAACAAAAAAGAUUAUCAUUGACAUAACUCAUUAGGAAAUCAAUAAUUUACAAAGCAUAUAUACCACCGUUAAAGGCCAUGUAAGGCUAAUAAAAUAGUUUCAUGGCCAAAAAAUAAAAACGAAAAGCUCUUAUUUCAGUCAAUAUUAAAAUGUUGAACAAAAAUGAUAAAAAAAAUUAAACAGAAUUGUGAAAGUGUAGACAAUUUUAGUGUGUUUAUAUAAAAGAAUAAACAAAUUUAUACAAAUAAAAAAGUGUAUCCCUCCCUCUGACCAUUUUGUUACAUAAAGUGCCGUGUUGAAAAAUAGGACUUUAAUUUUUGUUUGGCCUUAAAGUGUGCCAAAGCUGUGCUGUGCUGGGCAAUUGCAGCGCCAAUUCAAACGCCAAAUGGGUUCACCAAAUUCUGGAUUAUUGACAAAAUUGAAAAACAAUUUCAUAUCAAUGGGCUGUCUACCUUCAAAACCCAAGCCUGUAGAUCCCAUACAGACUAUGAAAGCCGCCUUGCUCAUACAAAGGUGGUAUCGACGUCACAAUGCCCGCAUGGAAAUAAAAAGACGCUAUACCUGGUCCAUAUUUACCAAUUUGGAAUAUGCCGGUGAACAGGAUCAAGUUGAGCUUUACAAUUUCUUCAAUGCUUUAUUAACACACAUUCCAAAUGCUGCUGCCGAUAAAAAUCGUUCAUAUGCUUCCUCUACAGUUUCUUCACUGGAUCAAUAUGAUUCCAAAUAUUCCGAUGAAUCAGAUUAUCAUGAAGAAUAUGAUAAUUCCGGUUACCGAUACAAAGGACCCCAAAUUAAUUUUCCGUUAACCAGAAAAGAUAUUGAUGUUUUAAUCGAUUUAUUCCGUAAGAAAAAGUCUAAUCGUCUUCAUGCCCGAUAUGUGGGUGCCAUACUCAAAGAAGCCGCCUUGAAGUUGCGUACUUUGCCCAAUUUGAAUACGGCCUCAACUGCCAUUUCUAAACAGAUAACCAUUUGUGGGGAUUUACACGGAAAAUUGGAUGAUUUGUUGGUGGUGUUUUAUAAGAAUGGCCUUCCUUCCUCCGAGAAUCCCUAUGUAUUCAACGGUGACUUUGUGGAUCGCGGCAAAAAAGGUUUGGAAGUGUUCCUUUUGCUGUUGGCCUGCUUUUUGGCAUUCCCCAAUGGUGUAUUCCUCAAUCGAGGCAAUCACGAGGAUUCUGUUAUGAAUGCUCGUUACGGUUUCAUACGUGAGGUGCAACAAAAAUACAGGCGCAAUUCCACAAAAUUAUUACGGCUCAUUGAUGAGGUCUAUCGUUGGCUGCCAUUGGGAACAGUAAUUAAUAGUCGUGUUUUGGUGGUGCACGGUGGGAUAUCGGAUACAACUAAUUUGGAUUUAAUUAAAAGUCUGGACCGUGGAAAGUACGUUUCAAUAUUAAGGCCACCGGUUGAACAGACAGGUGGCGAAGGUAUCGAUAAAGUUGAAUGGAAACAGCUUUUCGACAUUAUGUGGAGUGACCCGCAACAUAACGACGGUUGUCUACCCAACAGCCUUCGAGGUGCGGGUACUUAUUUCGGGCCGGAUGUCACCAGAAAUUUCCUGGAACAACAUAAACUGGAAUAUUUGGUGCGUUCGCAUGAAUGCAAAGUCGAUGGCUAUGAAUAUCUCCAUGAUGAGAAGGUAAUUACCAUAUUUUCGGCUUCCAAUUAUUACGCCAUUGGAUCGAAUCGUGGAGCUUACAUGAAAUUGAAUCCCCACUUGGAGCCACACUUUGUGCAAUACAUUUCCGCUGCAUCAAAGACACGUCAAUUAACAUUCCGCCAACGUGUAGGCAUAGUGGAGAGCUCAGCCAUAAGGGAGUUGGGAGCAAGGCUAAGGGCUAGGCGCAACGAUCUGGAGGAGGAGUUUCGGAAAAAUGAUCCCAAAAAUACCGGAUACAUUACCAUUUCACAUUGGUGUGAUGCCAUGGAAAAGGCCACUAACUUGGGUUUACCCUGGCGCUUGUUGAGACCCCGUUUGGCCCCCUCCUUGGAUGAGCGUUCGUCGAAUGAAGUUAACUAUCUGACAACCUUGGAUUUGUUAGACACGGAUACAAUAAUUGAAGCUCAAGCGCAAGAAACCAGUGUGGCCGACUCACUUUACAAAAAUGUCAGCAGCUUGGAAGCAAUAUUCCAUAUUUUGGACUCUGAUCAAUCCGGUUACAUAUCAUUAAGUGAAUUCAGUGAUGCCUGCGAUUUGCUGGAACAACAUUUACCCGGCACCAAUACCCGCGAGCAAUUACUCGAUAUGUGUCGCAUGAUGGACCUUAACAAGGAUGGAUUGGUGGAUCUCAAUGAAUUCCUGGAAGCAUUCCGCCUCUGCGAACAAGCCAAAAAUGACCAAGUGGCAGGGCGACCACCACGCAUCAACAAAUCCCCCAGCACAGAGACAGUCAGCGGCAAUGGUGAUGGGGGUGGUGGUGUUGGUGCUGGCUCUGGCGCUGAGGGCGAGGAUAAAAAAUCAGAGCGAAGGUGCAGUACCUCGGUGGCGGAAGCAGAGGCUGAACUGAAAAAGCUAUUACCAACAGGGGAAGAUGAUGACAUCGAUCCUAAAGAUUGUGAAGCGAAUACGCUUAAGCGUAAUAAGUAAUUGACUUGCCCCUGCAACCACCAAACGUCAUCACCUGUUCCUUUAAGCUACCCUACAGCCCUAAUUAACCAACGCCUACAAUGCUAAUUUUCCAUUAGACUUUUUUUAACUUUAAAACUAAUCCCCUUCGAUGUCGAUUGUAAUACUCUAAGCUUCAAAUUAUAACAAAAUUACAAAAAAAAAAUCUUAGCUUUAAGAAUUUGUUUGAAAAUAUUUAAAAUUUUUGUAAGGAAUUUUUGAUCUCACUUAAAACUCUAUUUUUUAAAAAAAGAUAUGUAAAUUAUUUAAAUUUAUAGACUUUGUCCAUGCCAUAUCUAGUCAUUCGGUUUUAUAAGAUUUAUAUAAAAAAAAUUAUAUAAUAAAUGUGUUAAAUUUUUAAUUACUUUAUUAUAACUUAAUUUCUAGACACUUGAAGGUGCUUUUAUUUAAUUAAAAAUUGUAUGACCUUAAAAUAUUCAGGAAUGCUCUCGUAGUUACAAAAUUCAGAGUUUUUGGGAAAGAUACACCAUUUCCAGAGUAAAAGUUCGGUAAUUUGAGGAGCAAAAUUUUAAUUUUUUUUUAUCCUAUUCCUACCACAUAAGCAUAUUUCUUAUGCAUAUAUGUUUAUACUUUUUUUUUUAUUUAUUUGUUAUUUUAUUUUAAUUAAAUUUCCAUUAUAUCUCUUACAAACAAGGUAUAGACAACGAAAUUUAAUUUUUAUAAUAUCCAUACUUAUUAAAAGAUAGCCAUUAUUUGUUGUUAUCUAUCUCCGUCCACUUGUUUGGUA